CUAGUCCCUGGGCUGCAGGCGCCGCUGCUACACACGCACAGCGCACAGCGCGCAGCGGCGGCCGCUCCGUGGCAGCUCCUACUACUGCUGGGCUGGGCCGGGCCGGGCUGGGCGGGCUGCGCGGGCUGCGCCGGGCUCCCCUGCACACAUCGGCUCCCCCUCAGGAGACCAGCCGCUCUCCGACGAGCCGCGGGCGCCCAGCGCAGAUCUGCCAGUGAGCCUCAGGCUUUGGGAACUCAAGAGUGUAUCUGAAAAGCCUACCCAGCAUUCCAAUGGCCAGCAACAACACCGCCAGCAUAGCACAAGCCAGGAAGCUGGUAGAACAGCUGAAGAUGGAGGCCAACAUCGAUAGGAUAAAGGUAUCCAAGGCAGCUGCAGACUUGAUGGCCUACUGUGAGGCCCAUGCCAAGGAAGACCCCCUGCUGACCCCCGUCCCGGCUUCAGAAAACCCAUUUAGGGAGAAGAAGUUUUUCUGCGCCAUCCUUUAAGCCUUCGUGAGGAGCCUGAAGAGCCGCCAGGCUCCUGGGACACUGAUGUAGAGUUCUUAGCAAAGUGGGCGCCUUUCUAGUCCACAGCAUUUAAAGAGAGGGAGGAGAACCAUCCUGGAAACUCCAGGCUAUGCAUGUUUAAAGAACUGGUCCCCUUUAUGAGAAUGAUCGCCAAACCACAUCCCAAGUUAAGAGAUCUGAUAUCUGCAGAACUGCCUGGAGGAGGGGGAAUCUGUAAAGAUAAAAUCCGCGUCAUUUCUUUUCUGCUAUCCCUCCCCACACCUUAUGUUUCUGCUUCAUAUUAAAAAAAAAAAAAAAAAAAAAUCAAAACAGACAGCCGUACUGAGCUAAGAUGUGUAUGACCUUCUUGGAAUGAAUAUUGCCUUUAGCAUACCCUUUGAUAAGCUGAAUUGUCCAGUGUAGCCGCAGUUCGGUUUUAUGGCAUUGAUGUUUAGUCUUUGUGCCUUUUUCUUUUCUCCUUCCACCCCUUCCCAUUAGAGUAGUACAAAGGUAAGACUGGACUUGUCCGUAAGACUGAACUCCAAGGAUGAGAACCCAAACAUGUAAGGAGAUGUUCCCCGUGGUUUAUCCUCAUGGUAGUAACAACAAAAAAACGCCGGUUGUCUGUGUUCUCUUAUCACAAUUCCUAACAUUUGUACAUGAUAGCUUUGAUUCUGCAAGUAAAAGUAAAUCAUGUGUUGUGACUGGUGCUUUCAUAUAUUUGUGACAAUUUUUGAGUGAUACUGCAUGAAAACGUCCCUAUGUUACAUCCAUUCAGAAGGUUUGUUGUUUCACUCUGAAGUUUGGAACAGGAACGCGAGAGGAGAAAAG